AUGAAUUUGGAUGGGCCUCUUGAUUUCGAGAACGAAGAUCCUCUUGUUAAUCCCCCAACGUCAGUUGAAAAAAGGAACAAAGUUAUUGGUUUGGAUGAUCUUCUCUCUGAUUUCUACAAGGAGAAGAGCAAGCGUAUAGACAAGGAAAACAGGAAACGGAAAGCCUCUAAGCUUUACGAUUCAGAUGAUGAGGAACAUGGCAAAGAAGCUUUGCUUUCUAUUGUUGAUGACUGCCGGAAUCAGGCAUGCAUGAAUAAGAUAGUUGGAGAAGAAGAUAUCCAAGAAUGGGGAUUAUGUAUGUUUGGAGAUCAGAAAACUCCAGAACCUUCACUACUUCCUGAUCUUGAUAAUUGCUACUUGUUGAAAGAGUUUAUGAACAGUCAGUUGAAUUCGGUGGUGGGUCUUCGUCCGGAUAAUGCAACAGUUUUGCUUGAAGGAUUGCUGACUAACGGCUGGCUCACAAAACUGGUUGAGGGAGCUCCUGUUGAAAUUGGCUGGCUUCCUAACUAUCAGGCACUUAAAGAAGCUCUUGAGUCAUAUGGUUUCAGAAUUAAUACAUCACAAGAUGUUGAACUAGCUGAAGCUGAUUCCGAGUCUCAAGGUCCUCCUCAGAACAUUAGUGCUUGGCUCAAGUUUGUUGCAGCUUGUUGUCAGAUUAGGUGUAAAAAUCCUCUUUUUACGGCAUCACAAGUUGAACAGAUAGCUGAAAUCCUUGUAUGGCUGCUCUUAGAUCGCGGUCUUCAAGGUCUCUCACUUCUAUCACAAGAGUGCUUAGUAUCUGUUAUUGGAUCUUUCAAAGAGAAAGAAUGGGUUUCAAGCUGCAAGAAAAUAGCAAACUCUCUUGCUUCCAGAGUACCUCAAGACAUGAACUGUUUGAGGAUAGUGGAAUCCGUAUCAGGUGUUGAUACUAGAAGCAAGCAUCUGAGAAGUUCCAUCUCAAAUCAAAUGCUUGUUGUUUUACUUGAUCAUAAGGACAGCGAUGAAAAGCUGAUGAGCUCGCUGAUGUCUAUCAACCUGAAGGAGAAGAGUUGUAACCUUUUCAGAACGUACAUUUUCUUGGUUUUGGCUGAGAACUGGCUCUUCUCAAGUAAGUUGGUAGAGGAAAAGCCGGUUCUGAUGGAAAUGUGGGUUGUGUUUCUCAGAAACUGUUCUCGUCAAAUCAGUAGCACCGAUCUUCGGCCUUAUGCAUCAAAAGUUCGUACCAAAGCUGCCUAUCUUCUUCAAGGAUGGAGGAUGGAGAAACAAUUGAAGUUCUGA